ACACAUCAAAAUAAGAGACUCGGGAGUCACAUCACUCACCUGAGCAACAAUGGCCAUAAUUUUGAUCAAAUCAGCUUUACAAAGUCUACUUCAAAAAUAUAAGGGCACUAUAAAAGAAAGUAUCUUGUUUAAGGGAUUUUAAAAUUAUUCUCAACAUAUUCUUCUGUUAAACAUCAAACUUCUUUUGGGACCCAGAGUUGUUUUUGCAAUUAAAAAUCAAAAUUAUCAAGAUGCUUUAAAACACAAUAAUGUUACAAAUGGUAGCAGUGCAGUUUUUUGAAUUUUUUUUUUUCACUACUUUUAUUUUUGUUCCUCUCCAAAGUCCCCAAUUUUAGAUUUUUGGGUCAUGGUUUAAACAAUUUCAUACAAUCUAAAACUAACGUAUAGUCUCCUGUAUAGUACGCGCCCGCAUAUAAUAUGCACCCCAAACAUUGGGUGUAAAAUGCUAAAAAAACCCCACUAUUCCUGUGUUUAAUAUACACUAAAAAAAAGAAGAAAUUUUCAGUUGAGAUUUUUGAUAAGUCAUCAAAUAAAUGUGUUGAUAAUUUAUUCAAAGCGCUUAAAAGUAAUAAUGUAUGCAGUUUUAAACCAAAACAACAACAAAAAACAGUAAAACGUGGUUCUGAAAAUUAGGAUUAGGUUACAUCUGGUUUGGAGGACAUUGUUGCAAUUAAGUUCAUAUUAUGGAGGGUAAUCGUAUUAAAAAAUCCAGUCAUGUAAACUUGUCAAUCCGAAUAUGCAAUCAUUUGGUAUGUUAGCCUGAGUAUGAAAGUGUGUAAUUCUGAUCGUGUAAUCUCUAAAACUCGGACCUAAACACUCUUAAGUUGACUCCACAGACCUUCAAUGUAAUUCUUCCUACAGAUGCACAUUUCCAACUUUAAAAUGGUGUUUGUUAUUUAUAUGUAACCUGACACUAUAAUACACAUUUUCCAUCGGUAGUCUCUGCAUCUAUAUCACUAGCACAGUUGACGUUACAAAUUGACAAAUGUUAAGUCUACAAGUUUGUCCAAUUUCGACAUGGCCAUAUAGGAAACAGUGAUGUCACAGAUAGUUGCAGGAAAAUGUCUGCCGUAAUCCCCAGAAUGUGCACAUAAUAAACAAAAAAAUAUUACGUAUCAUCAUAUCAUCUCUGGAUAACAUUUUUUUAAGGAAGUACGAUUUUUUGAAAAAUAAAAUAUGAGCUAGGUAUCCAUGAUAUCAAGAGAAAUCAGAGAAGAUAUGAGUGAAUUAUUCAAUCGGCAUCAAAUAUCUUUGAUGUGGAAAAUUUUACAUAUCAUGGUCUUUUUAAAGAUGUACACGCAUUUAAAUAAUCUUAGUGUAAAUGUAGAUGUAACAAAUCGUUUAAGUAUAGAGCUCGGCUGAAUAAAGAAAAUAUGACCAAAAGCACCCUUAUUGCUACUACAAUGUUGGGACAAGAGCCCACCCCCACCAUAUCCCCAAGAAGAAAACAAUCACAGGGUCAGCCGGCUGAGUAACUAAACAAGAGGCCCAAUGGGCCACAUUGCUCACCUGAGCAACACUGGCUUUAUAUGGGUGUUAAAAGGAUAUUGUGCCAUAUUAACCAAAAAUGAAUAUCCGAAUUUUACACUUAUUUUUGCAUAUACUUAAUCUUUGACAUAUUUACCUUUAUGGAAUACCAUUUUUACCUAAAAUAAGAUCAUAUGCAAUAUAUAUAAUAACUAAAUUUUUAGUUGGUGUUCAUGGUUAAACGGGUAGUAGCUACGAUUUUGGAAUAUUUUUAAAAGUUUUUAUUCAGCGAAAUAAUACUUUAGAAUGAUAAAUUUUGUAACAAAAUACAAUUUCUGUUAUGUCCCAAUCGAUAGUUUUGACGAACUUGGUCAGUAUAGGCAAGUGACUUGAAUUUUUGUCUGGUAGACAAAAAUUGAAUUAAAGUCCGUUCGUAUUCAUAUGACCUUUUGUGAACUCAUUCGACAGCCUCAAUAACGCAUGCGUAGAUUGCUUUAUAUAGCAGAAGACAUGGCCGACACGGGUAUGUCAACUCGCGGACGAAAAGGUGUUCUCACAGAUUCAGUCAGAAAACGAAAUCGGCAAAACAUUCAGGCGUCUUAUAAUAAGGCGCGAGUAAAUAUCGGCGUCCAGUUUGAACGUUGGAAGGGGUUGAAAGACACUCUGAAGCUCGAGAGCCAUGCAGAUGUCGCGAAAGUUUUACUGGACAAGUAUGAACUGUAUAGAAAAGACUGCUUCGGUUCUCCCAAAGGAUCUACAGUCGAGCCCAUGAGUCCAGCGGGUGCACCUAUUACCUCUACCCCAGGACCAUCGUCUUUUCCAUACAAGUGUGAUGUGUCAAGAAUUACUUCUUCAGAGGCGGAAAUAACUGAUAAGUCAGAUGUAUACAUGUCUGGAAUAGAAGAAAUGAAAAAAAGCUGUCGAUGUCCCAUUGUGAAGGAGUCAAACAGUUUCAUAAACCCUUUUGAUUUGACCAUUGAUGUGACUGAGGUGGAAAUGACAGAUGAUGAUGUAGAGGAUGAUGAUUAUGAACCAAGUUUUAACAUCACUCUAAGAGAAGGACUUGACACCACUGCUGCUACUGAUGAUGAUGAAGAUGACGAAUGCAUAAGUGAUGAGGAAAUCGAGACUACAGAAGUUGAUUUAAGUCAAAGUCCUGGUUGUCAUCGCAUCAAAACCAAUGAAGAGAUACAAGGCUUUAUGAAUGAUCAACCUUUCUUGAUAUAUUACAACCAGCUGCUGAAUUUAGCUACAGCAAACAUACAGAAAACUUGUUCGCAUAAAGGCUGUGGACUAGGAGUAGAAAUGAACGAAGUUGUUGCAUCAGCCCUUUACCUGAAAUGGAUUUGUCCAGAUGGUCACACGCUUUAUAGAUGGUGCUCCCAGCCAAUCUUGAAUAGAGGUGUACACAUUGGUGACUUGAUGCUGACUGCAAGCACUGUCCUCUCAGGAAGUAAUUUCCAAAAGAUAUCGAUGUUUGCUAAAUUUUUACAUCUUCCUAUUCUUAGCAAAAGCACCUUCUAUAAAAUGCAGCGCCAGUAUGUUGUCCCAUCUGUCGAUGAACACUGGAUAAACCACCAAAAUGCAGUACUGGAGGAGUUCAGAGGAGUUGAUUUGGUUGUUCUUGGGGAUGGAAGAAUGGACAGUCCGGGACAUUCCGCGCAGUAUUGCUCUUAUACCUUCAUGGAGUAUACUACCAAAAAGAUCCUAUGCAUAAUCACCUUAGACAAAAGGUUUACAGAAAAGAAAAGUACAAACUUGGAAAAGGCGUGCUUUAUAAAGGGACUUGGGUUUCUUAUAGAGAAGGGGAUGAAAAUUAUAGAAGUUGUGACUGAUGCACAUGUGCAGAUUUCAUCACUAAUGAGUGCGUAUAAACUGUAAUAAGUUUUUUUGUUAGUACAUGUAAUAUACAUGUACCUUUGUAUUUGUUACAUAGC